GUUUCUGAUGCUUACAUACAAUAAACUCAAGGGAUCAGACGCUUAACUUAAUUUGAUAUAAACAGAGGAGGACUGAAAAGCAGUUAAAGCUCAUCAGAGCUUCAUUAUCAAAAGAGAGCAAGAGAGAUGCAAGCUCACCUCCGUCUACAUAACGGCACAAGACAGUGCUGACUCUAUAUCAACCCUUGUGCAUUGGACAGUGAGGCCUUGACAAAAAUUUCACAAUGGACUUAUUCAACUCAGCCCUUGGAAAGAACAUCACAUUUGUGCGUCCUGCAUAUUUCAUAAUAAGUGGAUUUAUUGGAAUACCUAAUGUGAAGUAUUACUAUGUCUUUCUCUGUUUUGUUUAUUUAGUUUCAGUUCUGGGAAAUACAGCUGUGAUGGCUGUUAUAAUUUUGGAUCAUAAUCUGAGAACUCCAAAAUAUAUUGCAGUCUUUAACUUAGCAUUUGCUGACCUGUUUGGUAGCUCUGCUCUGGUGCCGAAGGUUCUUGACAUCUUUCUGUUUAAUCACCACCGCAUCAUCUACAACAAUUGCUUGACAUUCAUGUUUUUCUGCUACACCUGCCUCUCAAUGCAGGCUCUUAAUUUGGUUGCACUUGCCUAUGACAGACUGGUGGCCAUCAUCUUUCCACUGCACUAUCAAGUGAAGGUGACUCACAGGUUCAUGUUUUCUUUGAUUGCCUCUUUCUGGCUCUUUAUCAUUACUGUUACACUUAUUGCAGUUGGCCUACUCACAAGACUUUCGUACUGUCAGUCUGUGGUUGUUAACAGCUAUUUCUGUGACCAUGGCCAGAUAUACAAGCUGGCCUGUAAUGACAAAACUCCCAACAUUGUCAUUGGUGGUUUGUUGCCAAUUCUUAUUCUUUGGUUUCCACUGGUAUUUAUCUUGGUAAGUUAUUCAUGUAUUGGCUAUGCAUUGUCUAAAGUGGCCACAUUUCAGGAAAGAUUGAAGGCCUUUAAAACCUGCACAGCUCAUCUUUCAUUAGUGAUAAUCUAUUUCCUCCCAAUAUUAAUCACAUUUACCAUGAGUGCAAAGAUACAUCCAAAUGCCAGGAUUAUAAACCUGUCUCUCACCUCUGUCUUUCCUCCCAUGUUGAACCCAAUUAUUUAUGUUCUGCAGACACAAGAAAUCAAAGUAUCAGUGAAAACAUUAUUAAAAAUCAGAAAGCAAUCCAAAAUCACAGUGAAGAAGGUAAUGAUAAAAUGACCAUAUUUCUGUACAUUUUGGGCUCUUUGUUUAGGAUCUUUACACUUCACUAUCAUUACACUUAAAUUUGGUGGAGUAAAAUUAAUAUAGCACCAGUUAUGCUAAAUAACAGACACAAAUAUAUAAUAAAUAGUCCACAAAUAUUGUUAUAAUUACGAAUUAUUAUUAAUGUUAAUAAUAAUUAAUCUUGAAAUCAAGUAACAGUAAUAUGUACUUGUGUACAUGUGUGAUGACUAAGUAUAUACUGAAAAUCAUUUCUUGUGAACAAACAGGUUGUGUGUCUGCAUAUGUUGUCUUGGAGCGUACUAUAUAUCAGAAUAUUUAUAGUAUUUCAUUGUUUGAUGCAAAAUUUAAGACAUACAAAGAAGAUGAUUUUUCAUGAUUCAUGUUUUCUUUGAUUGCCUCUUUUCUGGCUCUUUGUCAUUACUGUUACACUUAUUGCAGUUGGCCUUCUUACGAGACUUUCCUAUUGUAAAUCUGUGAUCAUUAAGAGCUAUUUCUAUGACAGUGGCCAAAUACACUGACUGGCCUUCAAUGACAAUACACAUAGUUUUGUCAUUGCUCUUUUGUUAAAACUGCUAAUGACAAAACUCCCAACAUUGUCAUUGGUCGUUUGUUGCCAAUUCUUAUUCUUUGGUUUCCACUAGUAUUCAUCUUGUGUACUUACCUAUAUAUUGACUAUGCUUUGAGUAAAGUGGCCAGAUCUCAGGAGAGAGUGAAGGCCUUUAAAACCUGCACAGCUCAUCUUUCAUUAGUGAUAAUGUAUUUCCUCCCAAUAUUAAUCUCAUUUAUCAUGAGUGCAAAGAUACAUCCAAUUGCCAGGCUCAUAAACUUGUGUCUCACCUCUGUUUUUCCUCCCAUGUUGAACCCAAUUAUUUAUGUUCUGCAGACACAAGAAAUCAAAGAAUUUGUAAAAAAAAACCCAAAAAAAACAACAUUAUUUGAAUCAGAGUGCAGUCCAGAAUUACGACAAAGAAGUAAUUGUGUAUGUAGAAGUUUAUUUUGUAUUCAUUGUCAUGUGUUUUGAUGUAAAAUUAAAUGCAU